AGACUGACCAGUAAACCGCGGGUCUUCUCUUCAGCUUAAAUCUGUCUUCACCACUGCAGACCUCUUCAGUGCCCACAAAGCUGCAGCCACUGAACCGAGCCAGUCAAUCUCAUGUUAGCUUUUUGCCUUCACUCUGAACAUGAUCUCAAGAUACGUAAACUUCUUCAUUAAGGACAGAUGUUCCCUCACCAAUCCCCACUUUACUGACAGAGCAUCAUGGCCCUCCAGUUCAAUGGUGCUGUUUUAGACUGUGUUAGCACAUCCCCACAGCUUUGCAACUUUGCUUCUGCAGGAUGCCAGUUUCAGCAGUCAGGAGGAAAUAUACACCCUGCAUAUACAGGCUUUCUCAGAGCUGCCCUCUCCAUUUUCUACCAGCACCUUCGAAACAAACGCACAUCAGUAAAUGUUUUUCAAUGCACAUGUUCUCCCCUUUGAUAUCAAUGUGGACUUCUCUGGCAGAAUGAACUGCUUUGGUGGACCCACGGGCAGCGGGACUGCGCGCUUCUCAAUCGGCUGCUCGUAGCUCUGCAGCACGCACUGUGACCCGGCGCAGGGGCGGGGAUACGGACUUGCUGCUUUCUGUUUCCUGUAAUGGAGGCUGUGUGCCGCACUUUUAAAAAACGGCAGCGUUGUUUUAUUUCCAAGCCGGUUAGUUACUAAAAACGCUAAUUUGUUUGUUGCUACUUGGAUUGUAUUGCAAUUCGUUGGUAUUUUGUCGUGAUGUGAAGGGAGAUGCGGUAAUCCGCAUAAAAGCGGUGUGAUGCAGCUAUAAUUGUGUUAAAUGUUGAGUUAUUUCUAUCGCGAUUGUAACUAGGGCUGCAUUAAGGUUCUGCGUUUCGGAUUUUUCUGUUACUAUGGCGAGCGUCCACGAAAGCUUAUACUUCAACCCGAUGAUGACGAACGGGGUGGUCCACGCUAACGUUUUUGGCAUAAAGGACUGGGUGACCCCCUACAAGAUCUCUGUGCUGGUGCUACUGGUCGAGAUGGUCAAGUCCAAGCGCAUGGCCCUCAUCGAGAGGAGGCGCCUCAACAAACUCAUCCUCCCGCUGCAGCAGGGUCCCGACCUGACGCUCAGCCAGCUGCUGAAGACUGUGGAGGAGUGCGCCCCGAAGAUGGCUGCCACACUCAAAAUCAAGUUGCGUGACAUGGUUGCUGGGAACCUCAGGGACAUGGAGUCCUUCUUUGAUACCCUUCCGAACCCCUUCAGUGAGUCGGAGUCAGAGGCCAGCAAGACCAGCGUUGUCGGACUAUUCAUGAGGCACAUGCUGUUGGCCUACAACAAGCUCUCCUUCAGCCAAGUUUACAAGCUCUACAUCGCCCUGCAGCAUUACUAUGUGGCUGGUACCGGGGGGGGCACCUGGAGGUCCACAGCUGAUGUUGACAUGGACCUGAAUGAGAUGGAGCUGACUGGCGUUGAGGAUACCGCGGGGGCGAAGGCAGAGAAGGAGGAACUGGACACAGGCCCAAUGCAGGAGGCGGAGCUCAUUGAUGAGUCGCAGAGGAGGUGCCCGCUGUCCCAGAAGCAGGCCGAGUACUUCCUGGUGCGGCAGGCGUAUCUCCUGAAGACUGACGAGAACAAAGCCCUGAAGGCUGCCGCCCUGCAGGAGGAGCUCAACAACAUGCUGAAGUUCAACCCAGACUUUGCUGAAGCGCACUAUGUCACCUACCUGAAUAGCAUGCGCGUGCAGGACAUCUACACCUCCACCCACAGCCUGCUGCACUACUUCGACCGGCUCAUCCUCACCGGCAGCGACGGCAAGAGCAAUGGGGACGAGGGUUACGGCCGCAGCCUGCGCUACGCCGCCCUCAACCUGGCUGCGCUGCACUGCCGCUUCGCGCACUACCAGCAGGCGGAGCUGGCGCUGCAGGAGGCCAUCCGCAUCGCGCAGGAGUCCAGCGACCACGUGUGUCUGCAGCACUGCCUGAGCUGGCUCUACACGCUGGAGCACAUGAAGGGGUCAGACAGCUCGGUGCUGACGGAAGACUCUGUAAAAAUGGCCGCCCACUUCUGUCUGCCGUACUUGGCCUCCCUGGGCAUUCAGUCCCUCGUCCAGCAGGGGGCAACAGGGGGAAAGACUGCCAACAAGCUGAUGGAUGCUCUGAAGGACACAGACAUUUUGCACUGGAAACACAGCCUAUCAGAGCUAAUCGACAUCAGUCUGGCACAGACCACAUCCUUAUGGAGGAUGUAUGGCAAGAGCACCAUGGCACAGCAGCAGGCCCAGCUUCUCCUCAACAUGAACAGCCUGGAGCAGGUCAACUAUGGGGUGCAGCAGAACAACACGGAGCCCUUUGCCGUGGUGCUGUGCCACCUGGCCGAGCUGCACGCCCAACAGGGUCUCUUUGGCGCCGCGUCUGAGAUCCUGACACACCUGAAGCAGCAGUUUCCCCCCCACACGCAGCAUGCCAAGCUGUGGAUGCUGUGUGAUCUGAAGAUCCAGUUUGAGCGAGCCAUGAACGACGGGAAGUACCACCAGGCAGAGGCCCAGGUCACCGCCAUAGCCGCCCUCAGUGAGACGGAGGGGCUGUACAGGAAGGCGCUGGUGCUGAAGGCACAGAACCGGAGUGGCGAGGCGUACGGCGUGCUGCAGCGGCUGCAGGCGCUCUCCGAGGACGGCCGGAGCACCGAGAUGGCCGUCCGGGUGAUGCUGACCACAGCCGAGCUGCACUGGGAAUCCUCCAGCUUCACCACCGCGUUGCCCCUCCUGUUGCGGGCGCUGGCUCUGGCGCGACAGCACCACCUACAGGCGCUGGCCUCUGAGACCAUCCUGCACCUGGCCUUCUCCCAGGUCAUAGUGACUGAGUCAUGACCUCGCUAGAACUGUGGGAAUUUUGCUGUUAAGAAUCUAUGGAGUGAGUUACCAGGGAGGCAUCCUUGCUGGAAUGGAACUGUUCCACAUGUGCUUGGACUCCUGUGUGUGAGCAAUAUGGCAAACGGACCACAGUAUGGAAGAGUAAAUAAGGAUAAAGUGCAGGUGGAGUUUUAACAAUGAAAACAUUCCCCAGACACUGACACAUGUCAGUCAUUGGUGUAGCAGUCUGAAGACUCUGGGAUAGAAGCUGUUGGGAGGGGGGUGUUUGUGGGGAUGCACCAGUAGGACUUUCUCGAGGAUGGGAGUGAGAAAAGGGUGUGAACUGUGGAUGGCAUCCCUGAUGAAGGACUCCACUCUCUUCUGGCAGCAGGAGAAGGUAGAUCGACUUGAACUGUGGAAGACCUGUUCCGAUGACUUUUGAAGCCGUCCGAAACAGUCCUUAAUCUGAGUUUUACUUCUCAACCCAAAGAUCUUUAGCCUCCUUAGGGAGAACAGUCUCUUCUGAGCCUUCCUGGGGAGGCUGCUGGUGUUCGGAGAUCAUGAGAGGGAGUUGAUCUGGACGUCCAGGAACCUGAAGCUGCUGACUGUCUUAACAGAGCUUCUAUUUGAUGAAAAGUGGAGAGUCAAGGCGUCUGGUCUCCUUCAUUUUGGUGACAUUCAGGGAAAGGUUGUUGUUGUUGUUCCAUAUACUCAAGGCUCUUUUUUUGUUGAAAACCGAGACUGCGCUGGCUGUCGACUUGCAGCUUCAAGAUGUUCAGCGGGUGGUACCUGGUGCUGAGAGCCUUGUUCUCUACUGAAAUGGCUUUCAGUGUCGUCGUCAUCCAUCCAUCCAUCCAUCAAUCAAUCAUGUAUUUAGUGCUAUAAUAGUUUAGUUACACAUUGUCUAUAGAAUGCUUCCUCACCAGUGGCGUGUUAAACUUUUAGAUUCUUCACUUCUGUGUUCCAUGUACUAACUAUGCAGUGGAUUUAUUAAUAUAAGGAAUACAAUUCAGUUGUAUAGAGUACACACUGAGAAACAAAAUGAUGAGCGAUCAUGAAAUGGAAAUAUUUGCUCUGCAUAUAAAAAUGACAAUAGAUUGUAUCUGAUAGCUCUACUGUAGUUUUUCCUUCCUAUUGUUCAAGUGGAGCAAUAGUUCUGUUAUUUAACUUUGCAAUUUCUGUUCUACCAAUAUUGUUAGCAUAAUUUCAUCUGAAAUAUCAAUGAAACACUAUUUUAAGAAGUCACUAUCCGAAAUUUUGCUGAAACUCGUCAGUGGCAAGCAACAAAAGACUGUAAGGAAUUGUGAAAUGGAUGAGGGAAGCAGAGAAAUCGCGUUAGUCACGUGCCGUGAGAAUGCACCCUUACACAAAAAAAAACAUGUUGUAUUCAACCUGCCUAUGCAGGCAUAGAUUGUUCAGUAUUAAAUAAGUUGCAAUUAAAUGCCAUGCAAGUUAGUAUUUGUUGGGGACCAGAUACAGCAUGUAAAGUCAGCACCCAGCACUAUACAGCUGCUUAAUACUCCCCUGCAAGACGGCUACUCUGACCCUCGGUUAAUCAGGUUGAACAUUGUUUUACUUGAUAUUAUCCUGUAUUUGUCCUAAGGCAGGGCUUUUCUUGAAAUUGUCACCUUAAAAUGGAGGAAUCACUAUAUUCCAAAAAUUUCACGAAUCAUCAAUUCAUACAACUUUUAAAAUACUGUAGUUGCUGCUUGCUGAAUAAAGCGCAGCAGGAAAGAAUGUAACUCAGUUUACACUGUUACAAAGCAUGGCGAACAGGAAAAAAAUAGGACAUUAUCAGGCUUUUCAACAAUGGUGUGCAUCUUGAAUAUGUCUGUAUAAUAACAUUUUAGAUGUUUUAAUAUGUUUACCUAGUUUUGAUUAAGGUAAACGAUGAAUUCCAUAAUUUGUUUUUUUUCUUCCCAAAAAUUAUUUCCUCCCCAUUUAUUCAAAGAAAUAUAGUAGUUCCAACCAGCUACAGAAUUUUAGAAUUGUAUUAUGCAUGUAAAAACUCAGGACAAUUUUUAUUUUCUUGGGCAUUUUUUCCAUUUUUUAAGACUUUUCCAUGACUAGAAAGUGCAUUUAAAAAAUUAAGGUUUCCCAGAACGUGUGAGAACCCUUCUGCCUCACUUUUAUGUCACUUUGGCCAAAAAACUGUACACACAAAUGUGAUUAGUUGGUUUCAAGGCAAAAAUCCAAGAGCAUGAAGCUUCCUCUUACGUUUCUCUCCCUCUCUCGUUUGUCUCCGGUUUCUGACACGGGGUGGG